AUGUACCCUAAAAAGAUCAAUAGAACUGUGCAUGUGGCCAGGUAAAUUUAAAGAGACGAUUCAGUCAAAUCUCUCAUAAUUGAUAAAUUGGUUUAAGAUUAUGGAAAAAAAAAUUAAUUAAAUGUUAAUGUAACUUACUCUUCUCAAAAAAAUAGUUAAUAAUGGCUUAUGUGGAUGAUUUUUUUGUAUUUUAUAAAGCAACUGAAGGUGCUGUGAGAGCAUUAAAAGAAGAAAUCAAGGAUGCAAUCCUAAGACCAGAAAAUGAGAAGCAAUUAAUGAUCCAAAGAUUACAUCAGCGUAUGUCUAGUAAGUUUGUCUACUUAGUGUGAUAGGAAAGUUAAAAGAAGAAUAAUUAAAAACAUUGACAAAUCCUAGGUGUUUGGCGUAAGUACCUGAAAAAAGUGAAGAGUAAAACAAUUAUUAUAAAAUGCAAAAUAAAACAGAAAAUAAUUCUAAAAUGCAAAUGAUGAACACUUUGCCUAAUGAUUAAUUCGAGGAAAGGAGAAAAUCAAUUUAUUAGGUUGAUGGGGGUUCAGUAGAUGAAUGGGCAGCCAUUAUAAAAUAUGAUGCCUUAUAAUUUUAAAAAGAAUUAGAAGAACAGAAGAGAAUUAUGCAGCAUAAUUAAUAAAAGAUAAAAGAAGAAUUAGAUAGAUAAGUAGCUGAAAAAGAGUAAAGAAAAUAAAAACAAAAACAGGAAGAUCAAUAUUUUUAUGCUACAAGUUAACAACAAUUAAUGGAAUUUGAAAGAUAAUAGGAAUUAAUAAAGGAAAAUAAAAAGUAAUAAUUUUUGCAAGAGAAAUUUAUUAGAGAUUAAUAAGUUUAAGUUGAUAAAAAAAAGAAGUAUGAUUUAUACAUUAUAUAGAAAAGAGUAGAAUUUAAAUACUAAGUAUUUAGAAGAGGAAAUGCUUGCUAAAAUUAAGGAACAAAUGAAAGUAGAAGAUUAAUAAUAGAAACGAAAGAGACUAGAAUAAAAGGAGAAAUUCUAAUAGAUAAUGAAGUAGAAUGAAAAUUUGAGGAAAAAAGUAAAGUGUAUCUGAUAAAAAGGCAUAAGAAGAAAUCAUAUAAACCAAAGAGCAUGAAAAAUUAUUGUAGGAAUAGUAAUUAAUUAAAGAACAAUUUGAAAAUGAAAGAAAAGAGAAAUAAAAAAAAGACUAAGAGAACAAAUUUUAACAUUUGAUGAAUAAUUACAGUGAGUUUGUUAUGAAAAAUAAAAAGGAUCAUCCCUUAUAAAAUGAUUUCUGGACUAAAAAGAAUAGCGAACAUAGUACUUUUUUCGAAUUUUAAAACAAGGCAAAUAAAAAAGAGUAAUAGCUUUAAAUUUCAUAUGAUCUCUAGUAAUAAAUCCUAGAGAAAAAAAGACAAUAUACACAAGAAGUGAAUGAAAAAAAACUACUCUUUGAAUAAUAACUUUAGGAGUAAAAAGAUUUGAAACAAUAAGAUGAAGAAAGAAGAAAUGUAAUUUAUAUAAUAAAUGAAAAUAGAAUAUUCGAAAAAUGUAUAUUUUAAAUCAAGAAGAACUGAAAAAACAAAUGGCUAAAGGUUAUUUGAGUUAAUCUCCUAAAAAAAAAUCAAGUCCUAACGAAAGAAUGGUUGGAUAAGAACUACUCCAUAAUAAGAAAUUACUGAAAAAAAUAGCAAACGAUAAUUCUAUAGGAAUAACUAUAAAAAAAUAAGAGAUAUCAAUUCCUGAUUGA